GCACAGUUUUCAGUAGCCGCGGUAAAAGAUUCAUCAUGCCAAAGCGUGGAAGGGGUGGAUCAUCUGGUGGAAAGUUCCGAAUUUCAUUGGCGCUUCCUGUUGGAGCUGUGAUAAACUGUGCUGACAAUAGCGGUGCAAAAAACUUGUACGUUAUCGCUACCUUCGGUGUCCGUGGUCGCCUCAAUCGUCUUCCAUCUGCAGCUACUGGUGAUCUUAUUGUGUGUUCAGUUAAAAAGGGAAAGCCUGAACUUAGAAAGAAGGUUUUAUACGCUGUUGUAGUCAGACAGCGAAAGGCUUACAGACGGAAAAACGGAGUAUUCAUUUAUUUCGAGGAUAAUGCCGGGGUUAUUGUCAAUAAUAAAGGAGAACUGAAAGGUUCUGCAAUUACGGGUCCGGUAGCCAAGGAAUGCGCUGAUAUGUGGCCGAAAAUCGCGUCUACCGCCAGCUCUAUCCACUAAUCAAUAAAAUUGUACCUUUGGCACUUCAUUUCUUUUCUGGGUUUUCACCAAGAACUUUCCGUACUAUGAUUUGUUCCUAGUCUUUAGGAAGUUAUACAAUGUUGCGUUAGCUUAUAGCUUGAGGAUUUCAGUUGUGCAAACGAUAACAACUGGGAUGUCUUGCAGUAUUUGCGCGUUUUCACAUUACUUUAAAUGCUUAAGAACGUCAUUCCCCUGGUUAACGCUUAGUGUGUAUGCUUUAGUUGGAAUAUAACUGUUUCCUGAUUUAUGCACUUGGCCAAUUUUCACAUUCUUUUUGUCGCUUAAGUUUUGAGUAGUAUUCGGUGAACUCGUAUUAUCUACUUCCGGACGUGUCAGACCAUCGGUUGAUGGGAUGUAGACUUGUCUCAAGCAAUCCACUACAACUGGUUGCCUGUCGCUUGCCAUUUUUCUGUAAUAAUGUCGAGAUGGCUGCGUGGUUUUUGGCCACUUAACAAUGGGUAAACGGGCUACAGUCUUGAAAGCACG